ACUCUAGUUAGUCAGAAAUCUCGUCCGCCGACCGUCAGUCCAGCUGCUCCUGUCCGUGUGCAUCUGUCGCACGAUCUGCGUCAUCGUCAUCAUCGUCACCGUCGACAGGGCCCGAAGAAUAUUUAUUUUUAAAAAGAAUAUCAAUCAAGUGCCAAGAUGGGUGAAAGUGUCGAUUCCAAGACGCGCCUGGAGGAGGGCAGAAAUAUCCCGCCCGCCCUGAAGAAGCUGCUCGAAUGGGACGUCGUGAUGACGAAACAGUUUGUCAGCUUUAUGCUGAACUUUGUGCCACUGCGCUCCCUCCGGACGCACUGCAAGGUGCUGGAGUACUCGUGCCAUGGGAUCGCCUGGCUGGCCGGGUGGCUCGCGUUCUGCUGGAUGAUCGACAAGCCGGAGUGGUACCAGAUGCAGGUGAACCUGUUCAUUGGCCUGCUGACGGACAUUGUGAUGGUGGCGGUUAUUAAGGCGGCAACGCGUCGCCGUCGGCCCGCGAUAAACGAUGAUCCGCUGUGCUUUGGGCCGGAUAAGUUUAGCUUCCCGUCGGGGCACGUUUCGCGCGGCGUGUUCAUUACGACCUUUUUGAUCGUGCUGGAUCCGGUGACGGUCGUGUUUUGGCCACCGCUGAUGGCGUGGACGGUGGCGCUGUGCAUUUCCCGGCUGAUUCUGUACCGUCACCACAUUCUGGACGUGCUGGGCGGUAUCUUGCUGGGACUGUUCAAUGCGCUGCUGAUAUCGAUCCUUUGGUUCGACCAGGAGGGUAGCAUCUGGCUGAUCAACUGGAUUACGGACGAGCGUGUGGCGGGUGCGGAAUAUGCUGUGUAAGGUGUGUGGAGUGCUCUAUUUAAACCCCAAAAAAAACUAUAAAGCUUUUGUCACC